GCAGGGGAGCGCGCACUGGAGUUGUGAGGACGCAUGCAGGGCUGAAAGUCAGGGACCCCGGUGUGUGGAUGGAUAGAAUAGACACAGAAAGGGGCGGAACAGACAGACUGUGUAAUGCACAGGAGAGGGGACUUUGCUGAGUGCUCACACAUUAACCUGACCACUGAGAGAGCAGGCACAAGUGGGCAGAAACUCAUCUGAAAAUCAGAUGCACAAAAUUGACGAAGGGAGAAGGAAGAGUACAGCGGCAGCGAUGCAGAGUGACCACAAAUAAACUGACCAGACAGUUGCGAUUGAAAUAGGAACAGCGACGAAGUGACCAGUGAUCAGCAAGCAACGUCCCAGUGAUUAGUGAACCAGCACUCCCAGACUCAGGAGUGCUGAAAUCUUUCAGGUACAAUGAAGUCAUGCAUAUUGCAAGCUGUCGUGAUCUGUUUGUCAUCUCAUUUAUUUAGUGGGGCUGUGCAGGAUGAAAAUGUAAGAGCAGGAUGCAGAACAGCAGUGAAUGACUUGGUUUUCAUUAUGGAUGGAUCUUGGAGUGUAGGAUCUAACAACUUUGAAAUAGCAAAAACGUGGCUUGUUAAUGUCACAAGUGGCUUUGAUAUUGGACCUGAAUACACUCAAGUAGCCGUUGUCCAGUACAGUGACACCCCACGUCUGGAGAUUUCAUUUGGCCAAUUCCUGAUCAAUAAAGAACUAAUUGCUGGAAUAGAAAGUAUUCAAUACCUUGGUGGAAAUACUCAAACGGGUCGUGCUAUUAAGUUUGCAACAGAGAUUGUUUUUCCGUCUUCACAAAGAAACAAGACAGCUAAAAACAAAAUUGCUGUUGUCGUCACAGAUGGAAAGUCUCAAGAUGAUGUUGUUGAUGCUUCUGUUGAAGCACGUUCUAACAAAAUUAUCCUGUUUGCUGUUGGAGUUGGAUCUGAAAUAACCGAAUCAGAGCUUAAAAUGAUUGGCAACAAACCCUCUACAACUUAUGUCAUAUUUGCUGAUGAUUACAGAACUAUAGACAGAAUUAAGGAAGCAAUGCAGCAGAAGAUAUGUGAAGAAUCGGUAUGUCCUACAAGAAUUCCUGUAGCUGCACGUGAUGAGAAAGGUUUUGAAUUAAUUGUGGGCUUUAAAAUACCACAAAAAGCUCAGGAAAUAUCUGGAUCAUUGACGACAGAAGCAGGUUUCUUAUUGACAUCUCAAACAGACGUGACAGAGAAUACUAGAGACAUAUUUCCAGAGGGCCUGCCUCCAUCUUAUGUGUUUGUUGCUACACUACGUUUGCGAAGUCCAGCCAACAAACAGAAAUUUGACUUAUGGCGAAUCUUAUCUAAAGAAGGAAUUAUUCAAGCAGCUGUCACAAUUGAUGGUGAACAACAGGCUGUGUUCUUUACUACUACAAGUCUGGUCAAUGAAAUCCAGACAGUGACAUUUGAAGGUGGCAAACUACAGGAAUUGUUUAAUGAAGACUGGCAUCAGUUGAAGAUACUGGUAUUGGAAGUGGAGGUCACCUGUUUCUUGGACGACAUAAAGAUUCAGAGCAAACGUCUUGAGCAAGUCAUUCCUAUAUUUAUAAAUGGGAAAACCCAGGUGGCCAAACAUGUGAAAAGAGAGAUAUCUGUACCUAUAGAAAUACAGAAACUUCGACUCUACUGCGAUCCACAGCAAAGUGAUCGGGAAACUGCCUGUGAAAUCCCUUCAGUGGAUGACAAGAGGUGCCCACCGGACAGAAUGGAGCCCAAGACAGUCUGUGCGUGUCCACCAGGCCCACCAGGAUUACAUGGUAUUCCUGGACAAAAAGGGUCUAAGGGAAAUUCUGGUAAACCAGGAAAAUCAGGAAUGAAUGGUCUACCUGGACGACCUGGUGACCAAGGUAUUCCAGGUAUACUUGGCUCUCAAGGCGUACAGGGUCGGCCUGGUAUGCCUGGAUCUGCAGGGGAGCCUGGACCAAAAGGAGACACAGGUGAAAAAGGACAACGUGGUUUUCCUGGUAUUGAAGGGCUUUUGGGUCCACAGGGACCUGAAGGACCAACUGGGCGGCAAGGAAUACCAGGAAUGCGUGGAAUAAAGGGUAAUAAAGGUGAAAAAGGAAUACCUGGCUCUCCUGGGCAGCAUGGCCCUUCGGGAGAACCUGGAAUUCCAGGAACUAAUGGCCUUAUAGGAUUACCUGGGUUAAAGGGAGAAAAUGGUAAUCCCGGUUUGCCAGGGAGAAAUGGACAACGUGGGCCACUGGGCUUUCGAGGUCUUCCUGGACCCCAAGGUCUACCAGGACUCAAGGGGCAAAAAGGAAUGACUGGUCAAAGGGGAGCCGAAGGGCAGCCUGGGAUACCGGGUAAGCAAGGACAUCAGGGAUCACCUGGGCAUGAUGGACCACCAGGGCCAACGGGGGACGUUGGUGCACCAGGACUACCAGGUCUUCCAGGGCGUCCAGGCUCAGCUGGUUUGAGAGGAGAGCCAGGACUUCCAGGACAGACUGGCCUAGUUGGGAUUCCUGGAGCAAAGGGAAAUAAGGGUGAGCCAGGAAAUCCUGGGAGGAAAGGGAGCCAGGCUGAGAAAGGUGAAGAAGGACCCCCUGGGUCACCAGGGCUACAGGGAGCAGUUGGUGCUAAAGGAGCAAAAGGCGAGAAAGGUAAUGCGGGACCAUCUGGUGAGAGAGGAAUUGAUGGCAAGAAUGGAGAGCCUGGUCUAAUGGGCCCAGUAGGACCUCGUGGACCUUCUGGUCAGGAAGGCCCUUAUGGACUGCCUGGUGUUCCUGGACUUCCUGGGAAACCUGCAAAGCCUAUCACGGAUGAACGCGUAAUGAAACUUUGCAGUGACAUGCUUCGCACUCAGUUGCCAUCGCUACUUCAAAGCAUGAGACCCAGCUGUCAAUGUGAAGGAAUUAAGGGAACACCUGGACAACCAGGCAUGCCAGGACAGAAAGGACAACAGGGAUUACCCGGCUACCCAGGCAGAGCAGCCAGACGCGGGUAUCGAGGUCUGCCUGGUGCGCCUGGACUCCCAGGGAUGAAAGGUGAGCAGGGACCAAAAGGAGCCAAAGGUAUGAAAGGUGAAGAGCACCCAGGGUUACCUGGCCCACCUGGUCAAGCAGGUCUACCAGGAUUACCAGGUCCAACUGGUCAUGGACUGCCAGGAGUAGAUGGCGAACCUGGAAGGAAUGGAGCGCCCGGGAGUCCAGGAAAGCGUGGAGCACCAGGUCCACCCGGAGUAUGUGAUAUAUCAAGCUGUUAUAAUUCCUAUAAUAAUGGCCGAAGCCCGUUUAACAAAGGACCACAUUUUUGAAGGUCUAGGAGCUGCAUCCAGUCACAUCAUCUCAUGUGUCUUUUACUUGUUGCCAAAUAGGAGGAAACAGUUUCUCAGGAAGAACACAAUUGGCAUGUGAACCAAUAGCUAUUUACAGGUUGCAGUCUGUUAUCAUGGUAUGCUACUGAUUUCAAUACAAACAUUUUAAACACACCGCGUGCUGUGCAUGUAUGUUUAUCCCCUACAGAUUUUUUUAAAUAAUAAAUUUUGAUAGCAGCUUUA